AUGACUUUCAUUGUUACUACCACUCUUCACCAUUUAACAUCUUGCCUAUUAUUCAUUCAUAUACAGAAAACGGCUCCUUAUUGUUUGGAAUACGGAAACAAGGAACCUGUACGAUGCGAAUGGGAUGAUCCGAAUUGGAUGGGUAAUAGGACGGAUAUUAUGACUGAUGAUGACGAUGUGAUUAGUCUACCCACCUUUCGUGCUUGUCCAUGGGUGAAAAGGAUUGAAAAUAUGCGCAUCAUCAAGUUUGAGUCGAUCAAUUUGGUAGUUGCAGUAUUCUCGGUCAUGAUCUUCCUUUGGCGACAACGAAAAUUGGCUCAUGAAAAAUAUCAGCAAAUGGCACAACGCAUUGGUGUAUCAGUAUAG